AAUCAAUCAGCGUACAAGGCAUAAUGGCGAUGCUUACUAAAGUCUUUGCAGUUAUUUUACUUAUGACAAUCUCCGUUAGCUCAGGCAGCCCAAAGAAAUGUUAUUCGUGUGAGUACAAUUACGAUUUGAUAAAACGAUUUCCAAAAUGUUUUGGUGUAACAAUUCCAUGCACCACUGGACAUUGCUACUCGCUGAAAUACACCACUUCUAACGGACUUCUCAUUCGCGUUCAAAAGGGAUGUGACUUUUCAUCAACUGUGAAUUGUUCAAAUAGAGUAGACUUUUGCCAUGGGAGGCAAGUCAAGGAGACACUGUUAUGGAAAUCGUGUUCCAUUUCAUGUUGUGACACUAAUCUCUGUAACGGAGGAGCGACACAAACACCAAUGAAAACCGUUUUGGGUUUUGUCUUCUUAAUUGUCAUCGUUUUCUUGUAUUAAAAACCCAGUUUUGGAUAUACUGAAUGUAUUAUCAUUAAUUAUAUUUACCUACUUUUUUUGAAACUUUUGAUUGUAGACAAGAAUACCGAUAACUCGAACGGAAAUUGUUCGAGUUAGCUAAGGUGGUGUUAAAAGGUCAAUAAUUUAUAGAAGUUUUUUUUUCAUUUUUAAUUCCAAUUUUCUUUUACAAAGAGUUCAAUUGUAAUCAAAUACUUUAAAAGACCAGGGAAAAGGAAAUUAGUUCAAAUUAUUACUGUAGGUAGCCGUUCAUGCCUAAUAUACAAGAGAUAGUUUGGGUAAAACUUUUGAUUAUAUACAAAAGUGGACAAAUUAUAUUAUGGACUAUGUUGUUUGUGUUUUGAACUACAAAA